GUCAGCUGCUCAGUAUUGCAUGCCUACAGACCUGCUUCAUUUAUUUAAUUUCUCCUGGUCUGGCACAGGUGUACACAUUUCCAGAGAAAAUGGCUUACUAUGGUCUGCAAAUAGCCGGACUGAUACUAGGGGGCAUCGGCAUGGUGGGGACGGUGGCCGUCACUAUCAUGCCCCAGUGGAGAGUUUCUGCCUUCAUCGGAAGCAACAUUAUAGUUUUUGAAAACCUCUGGGAAGGCCUGUGGAUGAGUUGCAUGAGACAAGCCAACAUCAGGAUGCAGUGCAAAAUAUAUGACUCCCUGCUGGCUCUCUCUCCAGACCUCCAGGCUGCCAGGGGAUUGAUGUGCGCAGCCUCUGUGCUGUCUUUCCUCGCCUUCAUGAUUGCCAUCCUCGGAAUGAAAUGUGUCAUAUGCACUGGGAACAAUGAACAGGUCAAGGGUUUUUUUCUGCUGACAGCUGGAAUCAUCUUCAUCGUCACAGGCAUCAUGGUUCUGAUCCCGGUGUGCUGGGUCGCCCACGCAAUCAUCAGAGACUUCUACAACCCGAUAGUGAAUACAGCUCAAAAACGAGAAUUAGGAGAAGCCCUCUAUAUAGGCUGGACUACAGCACUGGUCCUCGUUGCUGCAGGGACUAUAUUCUGCUGUGGUUUUUGUUGUAAGGAGAAAGGCAGUCACUACAGAUACUCGAUACCGUCAUAUCACACAACCCGCAAGAGUUAUCACUCAGUGACGAAAUCGCCAAGUGUGUACUCCAAAAGCCAGUAUGUCUAACUGCUUAUGAUUUUAUUUUGACUUCGCUCGUCGGCUGCUGUGAAUGGACAAGACUGUCUACUCCGAACAAUAAAUGGAAUUGAAAGGAGCAUUGAUUUAUUUUUCUUUACUACCAAACACUGAUUUCACAAGUCAAGCAUUAGAUUCUCUUUGCCAGCCCAAUGGUGAUAGACUGCAGUAAGUUAUUUCAAAGUAGACAUACUCUUGAACUAUUUUCAGAAAUGGAGUAGCUUGUUUUUAAAAAGCUUAUAAAGCAUUCAUGCUUUUCUCAGUUAUUUCAAAUAACUUUGUUCAAGAUUACAUUAUUUUGGUUCUGACUUAUUUUCUGUAGUAUUUUAU